AUGGUCGUCGAAGCAGUCUCCUUACGUCGUAUCGAAGAUGGCGAGCGUCGCUCAUCUCCCCACUCCCCUGCAUCUGACGACGAACCUGGUCUCACGUCAAUACCAACACUCUCUGGAGCCACACGAAGCAGCAUGGUCGCCAACAACCCCGCCUCAGGCCGGUUACGGCAUCCCUCACUCCCCCUUCCAUUCCCACCCAAAGAAACAUCCUACCGACUCAACAGUGCAUUCUUCCUCUUCGGCCUCCUUAACAACUCACUCUACGUCGUCAUCCUCACCGCUGCUCUCGAGCUCCUCCCUCAAGGCGUACCCACAGGCUUGGUCAGCUUUGCAAACAUCUUCCCCGCACUCAUAGCCAAAGCUGUAUGGCCCUACCUUCUCCGAGGAACAGUUCGGUACACAAAGCGAGUAUGGUCUUGUGCAGGGUUGAGCUUUGUGGGGAUGUUGCUGGUGUCGUUUUUCCCGGCAUUGGGAAUGAGGUUGCUGGGUAUUUCGCUAGCGAGCUUUUCGAGCGGGUUGGGAGAGUUGACGUUUUUGCAGUUGAGUACUAGGUAUGCGCCGAAAGAAGGGAAAGGGUUGGGAUUGGUUGGAUUAGAGACGAAUUAUGCGGGUGAUGCUGUCGGAUGGUUUGCUAGUGGAACGGGAGCGGCGGGGCUGGUGGGUGCGGGAGCUUGGUGGGUAGUGAGAGGGUGGGGUGUGCAGACCGGAAUGGCGAUUUUGAGUGUUUUGCCCGGGUUUAUGGUCCUCGCUUAUCUGGUGGUUUGUCCUUCUGUGGAGGCGUUGCUAUUUGCGGAGGGAGCAGGAGGAGGGAGCGGAGCGGGGUACGCACCCAUCUCGACUUCAGAAGAUGCUGCAGAAGAGCAAGCAGAUGAAACCGUUGACGCAGAACCAGAUACGGAAGAAAGGGAGGAUUCAACCACCCCUCUCACUACCGCACCAGGCAACAUCAGAGUCCGUCUCAGCUUCAACGAAAAGAUGACUCUCCUCCGGCCCAUGCUUCUCCGCUACAUCCUCCCUCUUGUCACCGUCUAUUUCGCCGAAUAUACCAUCAAUCAAGGAGUUGCACCAACCCUCAUCUACCCACUUCCCACCCCGUCAUCACACCCUUUGCUAUCAAUCAUCAUCAAGAAGCUCACCGACUACUAUCCUCUCUAUCAGCUCGUAUACCAGACCUUUGUUUUCCUCUCCCGCUCCUCCAUAUCGAUCUUCAAACUCCCCGCUAUUCCACGUACCUUACUGUGGCUCCCAGCAGUGCUGCAAACCGGAUUGCUGUUCUUAUUGGCAUCGGAGAGUUUGUAUGGCUGGUUCAGGGCGAGUAUUGCUAAUCCGUUGGUGAUCGUGUUGAUCUGUAUAGAGGGGUUGGCGGGUGGUGCGGCGUAUGUGAGUGUAUUUUACAGUAUCGGCGUUGAUGGAAGGAAUGAUGGGAACAGAAUCGUUUUGCCCGCAGAUGCGACGCAAGAAGCUGAGGGAGAGUAUGGGGAAGAUAAGGCUUAUGCACUCGCAAAGAAGGCUCAGGAGCAAGAGUUUAGGAUCGGAAGUGUUGGUUUCGGCGACAGUCUCGGUAUUCUAGCAGCCAGCAUCAUCAGCAUGCCUCUUCAAGUGGGACUUUGCAACGCCCAGGCGAGGGAUGGCAGAGAGUUGUGUAAACAGGCAUAG